AUGCGCCCAACAGAUAUCGUAGCCUCUCCAGAACUGCUGUACAUCUGCACAGAUUUCUUGAAGGGGAAGUUUUACCUUAAAGGCGAUGGUGCCUGGGUGAGGGUAGACUUUCCAAAUUCAUUGACAGAUCCCCUUGUCUUCUUGGGCUCACCAGAUUACGUUGGAGACUACUGGAUAGUGCCACAGGUGGGAGAGGUGGACGUGAAUGGAUUCACUGCUCGCGUGAUGGUGCCGUCAUGCGUAACUGCGGACCUCUCUAGGAGUCAGAUUGGUGUGCCCUACAUCGCAUGGUACAAGACUGCUGGAAAGGACUACUUUGCGGAUUAUGCUAGCCUGAAAACGCUGGCGGCCAGUCCUACUAUCCAAUACCAUACAUUCUCCUUUUUCGCCGACGACUGGGAACGUCAAAGCCUCAAUUAUGUUGUCCUCGCACAAAUACAGAACAUGGCAGCAGUUGAAGAACAAGCAUCUGAGUUUAAUUUGACGCCUUACGUUUCCGCCAAGGCCUCUCUCGCGUCCUUCGGAAACAAGUAUUUCAUUACGCUAUCCGGGUCAAUCUCCACUUACUCUCCGACCGUCACCGUGGCAGUCAUGGCUCUUGGUGACUUGCUGCUUACCAAUGUUGGAGCAAUGGACAUGGAAGUACGCCAAGUUUCUUCCCCAGAUAUUGUCCCCACCAAGUCGGUGGUGAAAUAA